AUGCGAUUUUACACCCUUCCAAUACUGGCGGCAUGCGUCAACACGGUGCUUGCCGGAGUCAAGUUCACGGCCCCUGCUGCCGGCUCGAAUGCCCCCUCCGGCACAAUGACAGUCAAGUGGGAGGAAGAUGAUACAUCUCCGAGUAUUGAUCAGUUGACCACAUAUACCAUCCAGCUGAUGGUGGGAGGAAACAAAGAAGGCACAGAUGCAUUACCAAUUGCCGUCCUUACUACUAAGGGCACAUUCGCGACUGGCAAUUCGUUUCAGGGCACCGUGCAAUCAACCUUGGCUGGCCCAACGAAGAACGGAUACUACAUCAAGAUGAUGGCAGUAGCAAAAGAAGGUGGCCAGAUGACCUACUUUUCGAACCGUUUCAACAUUCCCACCAUGACUGGAACCACCCCGGCCGUCUACGCACAAGGAGCAGCAGAUGUCUCUGGAACGAGUGAUGUGCCGGACACCAUCGAUGCCGUGAGCAAUGCUGCAGCAGGAGGUGCAGCAUCCGCUGCCGCAGAUGCAGGUGCCUACACUGUCGCACCUGCGCUCCAGACCGGAUUGACAAAGUACGCUCCAAUGCAGUCGAUACCACCGACAAAGAUCACUGUGAAGAACUACUCUCCCAUUUACCCGACCAGCCCAUACACGAUUGCCACAACGUUCCUACCACCGGCGAAGCAGGUGACCACGAUGACGCAGCAGCAGACUUUCUCCGUGAGCAGCAUGGAGAACACGGCUGCUGCACAAGCAAAUCCGACAGACGAUUUGGCAAAGUUCCUUGCACGGUGGAAGGACUAG